AUGAACGCGAAAGCUCCACUCUCCUUGGACACUGUCAUCCAGUUGGCCUUUUGUCUCGAAGGUCGUGACAAGCUUACGAAGGUGCUGCAAUAUGGCAGUCGAGCGCUGGCGUUCUAUGUGCUGUCAGCCGACCCCAAGAGCGACGUCGGACAGCGUCUUCAUGCUCUGUAUAAGGUCAUGCAGCAGUCUCGAAAGGCGUUUCGACUGGGCAAAAGCAUCACGUACUACAAGAAGCUGCAGACACUGUCGAAGAACAAGAGUCUGUCGGAAGGAGAGAAGUACAUGCAGAUGAUUCAGAACGUGGGCAUGCUCGGCUACUUUAUCACGGACAAUGUGGCUUUUGCGAGCAAAGCAAAGGUCCUGCACUUUGAUGCUGACGAGCUGUCGCGUCGAGGAGGCAUUCUUUGGUUCUGUGCCAAUAUGGCUGGCUUCUUUCAGGCCGUGGACAAGCUGAAUGCUGACGUGGAAAAAGAAAAGUGUGUGAGGGACAUCUUGGCGUCGGAAGACGAUGUUGCGCGUGUCGAGGUGCUGCAGACGCAACUUGAUGAGCUACGAAACGGUCGUGUCAAGAAGCUACUCGCAGUGCUCAAGGUGACGUGCGACCUCAUCGUGUCGUCCAACACGGCAGGAGUGCGACUGUCGGAGCGGAUCACUGGCGCCAAGCUGAAUGACGGAAUCAUCGGCUCACUUGGCGUCGUGUCAGCAGCAGUUGUGCUGUAUAACACGUGGCCGAGUGCGCCGAAAAGCGGCCUUGAGUCAAGUGAGAAGACGGAGACCAAGAUGGAAACGAAGACUGAAGGCACGAAUAGAGUGAAAGACGGGACGCAGAGUGAGACGAACUAG